CUCCGGCUCCUCCCGGCCGCCCGGGGCCAAGGCGACGUGAGGUUGUAAAAAUCCAUGUGGGACGGCCCCGGGGCGAGCAUCCGAAAGAUCUCAGAUUGGAGUCAUUUUCUGGUACAGACUAUGAGUAAAAUACAGUGAAAAUUCUGGCCAACAGUGGAAAUAUUGGCUUAAUCAUCAACUUAGUAUUGCAUUCCUUCUCUUCAGUAUCACCUCAUAAUAGAAGAAAAAUGUAUGGAAGUGCAAGAACAAUCACCAAUCUGGAAGGGAGCCCUUCCAGAUCUCCUCGUUUGCCAAGGUCUCCUCGUUUGGGCCAUCGAAGAACAAGUAGUGGGGGAGGUGGAGGAACAGGCAAGACUCUGUCCAUGGAGAACAUCCAAUCCCUUAAUGCAGCCUAUGCUACGUCUGGACCCAUGUAUCUCAGUGAUCAUGAGGGGGUGGCUUCAACAACUUACCCAAAGGGCACCAUGACUCUGGGAAGGGCCACAAAUAGAGCUGUGUAUGGAGGUCGUGUCACAGCGAUGGGGAGUAGUCCCAAUAUUGCUUCUGCUGGACUUUCCCAUACAGAUGUCCUUUCAUACACAGAUCAACAUGGUGGUUUGACCAGCUCAUCCCAUCAUCACCACCACCAGGUCCCCUCUAUGUUGAGGCAGGUAAGGGAUAGCACAAUGUUAGACCUUCAAGCCCAGCUCAAGGAACUUCAGAGAGAGAAUGACCUCCUUCGGAAAGAGCUAGACAUCAAGGACAGCAAAUUGGGAUCUUCCAUGAACAGUAUCAAGACCUUUUGGAGUCCUGAGCUUAAGAAAGAGAGAGUCUUGAGGAAAGAAGAAGCAGCCCGCAUGUCUGUCCUCAAGGAGCAGAUGAGGGUUUCCCAUGAAGAAAAUCAGCACUUGCAAUUGACAAUCCAGGCCCUUCAGGAUGAGCUGCGAACCCAGAGAGACCUCAACCACCUCCUGCAGCAAGAGAGUGGCAACCGAGGAGCCGAGCACUUCACCAUUGAGCUGACUGAGGAGAACUUCCGGCGCCUGCAAGCUGAGCAUGACAGACAGGCUAAGGAGCUAUUCCUAUUGAGGAAGACCUUGGAGGAAAUGGAGCUGAGAAUUGAAACACAGAAACAGACCCUCAAUGCCCGAGAUGAGUCAAUUAAAAAGCUUCUCGAGAUGUUACAAAGUAAAGGCUUGCCAUCCAAAAGUCUUGAGGAUGACAAUGAACGGACGCGGCGGGUGGCAGAGGCUGAAUCUCAAGUUAGCCACUUAGAGGUGAUUUUAGACCAGAAAGAGAAGGAAAAUAUACAUCUUAGAGAGGAAUUGCACCGAAGAAGCCAACUUCAGCCGGAGCCAGCCAAGACGAAGGCUCUCCAGACUGUCAUUGAAAUGAAGGACACAAAAAUUGCUUCACUGGAGCGAAACAUAAGGGAUCUUGAGGAUGAGAUCCAGAUGUUAAAAGCCAAUGGUGUGCUGAACACUGAGGACCGUGAAGAAGAGAUCAAACAAAUAGAAGUUUACAAAAGUCACUCCAAGUUCAUGAAAACCAAGAUUGAUCAGCUGAAGCAGGAACUUUCAAAGAAGGAGUCAGAACUUCUUGCCUUACAAACAAAGCUUGAAACCCUUAGCAAUCAAAAUUCAGAUUGCAAGCAACACAUUGAAGUGCUUAAAGAGUCGCUUACUGCCAAAGAACAGAGGGCUGCCAUUCUUCAAACUGAGGUAGAUGCACUGAGAUUACGACUGGAAGAGAAAGAAUCUUUUCUCAAUAAAAAAACAAAACAGCUGCAGGACCUCACAGAAGAGAAGGGGACACUGGCCGGAGAGAUUCGUGACAUGAAGGAUAUGUUAGAAGUGAAGGAAAGAAAAAUCAAUGUUCUCCAGAAAAAGAUUGAAAACUUGCAAGAGCAACUUAGGGAUAAAGACAAGCAACUGACCAAUCUGAAAGACAGAGUGAAGUCCCUGCAGACAGAUUCCAGUAAUACAGAUACUGCCCUGGCAACGUUGGAGGAGGCUUUGUCAGAGAAGGAAAGAAUAAUUGAACGUUUGAAAGAACAGCGGGAGAGAGAUGAUCGGGAAAGACUAGAAGAGAUAGAAUCUUUCCGAAAAGAGAACAAAGAUCUGAAAGAGAAGGUCAAUGCUUUGCAAGCUGAACUGACUGAAAAAGAGUCUAGUUUAAUUGACCUCAAGGAACAUGCAUCUUCAUUAGCCUCAGCAGGGCUGAAAAGGGACUCUAAAUUAAAAUCUCUAGAAAUAGCCAUUGAACAAAAGAAAGAAGAAUGUAGCAAACUGGAAGCACAGUUAAAAAAGGCUCAUAAUAUUGAAGAUGACUCCAGGAUGAACCCCGAGUUUGCAGACCGAAUAAAACAGCUUGAUAAAGAGGCAUCUUAUUACCGUGAUGAGUGUGGCAAGGCCCAAGCAGAAGUUGACCGAUUGCUGGAGAUCCUCAAGGAGGUGGAGAAUGAAAAGAAUGACAAAGACAAGAAGAUUGCAGAACUUGAGAGCUUGACUUUCAGGCAUAUGAAGGAUCAGAAUAAGAAAGUGGCCAACCUCAAGCAUAAUCAACAGCUGGAAAAAAAGAAGAAUGCCCAGUUAUUGGAAGAAGUCCGCAGGCGAGAAGAUAGCAUGGCUGACAACUCGCAGCACUUGCAGAUAGAGGAACUGAUGAAUGCAUUGGAGAAGACUAGGCAGGAAUUGGAUGCCACCAAGGCACGCCUCGCCUCCACACAGCAGUCCCUGGCUGAAAAGGAAGCACACUUGGCCAACCUCCGAAUAGAAAGGAGAAAACAGCUAGAGGAGAUCCUGGAGAUGAAACAGGAAGCACUGCUUGCGGCAAUCAGUGAAAAAGAUGCGAACAUUGCCUUGCUGGAAUUGUCUGCCUCCAAAAAGAAAAAGACACAGGAAGAAGUCAUGGCCCUCAAGCGGGAGAAAGACCGACUGGUACAUCAGUUAAAGCAGCAGACCCAGAACAGAAUGAAGCUGAUGGCGGACAACUACGACGAGGACCACCACCAUUACCACCACCACCACCAUCACCACCACCACCGAUCUCCUGGGAGGUCGCAACAUUCCAAUCACAGGCCCUCUCCUGACCAGGAUGACGAGGAGGGCAUAUGGGCAUAGCCGGGCCUGUAAACCAAAGUUCCAGUGUUGUUUUGAGGGGUGAGAAACCAUCUUUUAUAUCAUUUUUCUUUAAAAGGUUGCAUUCUGGUGU